UGGCAUUUUCAAAAUCUCGAUUUCCAAGAUGGCUACCAAUAGUGACGUGGACGAACUAUUUGAUAUCCGAAAUUCUUUUUACUUGGGCAGUUAUCAACGGUGUAUAAACGAAGUACAGAAAACACAGCCUUCGUCCCAAGAUUUGAAAAUUGAAAGAGAUGCUUUCAUGUUUCGAGCGUAUUGCGCACAGGGGAAGUAUGGGGUUGUUCUUGAUGAAAUCAACAAAUCUUCUCCUAAAGAAUUGCAGCCAAUUCGUACUAUGGCGGAAUAUUUGCAAAAUCCAAGUCGAAGGGAAACUAUAAUCAACACAGUUGAUCAAAAACUAAAAUCUGGUGAUGUUGAUGAUUAUUAUCUUCUGAUAGCAGCUAUCAUUUAUUCCCAUGAACAGAACUAUGAAUCUGCGUUACGAUGCCUUCAUGCCUCAGAAGCAUUAGAAAGUUCUGCAUUGACCAUUCAAAUAUAUCUUAGCAUGGACAGAAUUGAUCUUGCAAAGAAAGAGCUUAAAAGAAUGCAGGAAAUUGAUGAGGAUGCAACACUGACACAGCUAGCUCAGGCUUGGUUUAAUAUUGGAGUGGGUGGGGACAAGAUUCAAGAUGCAUAUUACAUAUUUCAAGAAAUGGCAGACAAGUAUGGUGGUAGUGUAUUGCUUCUCAAUGGUCAAGCAGUUUGCUAUUUACAAAUGGCCAAAUAUGAAGAAGCUGAGAGUCUUCUACAAGAUGCUUUAGAUAAGGAUAACAGCAAUCCAGAAACACUCAUUAACCUGGCAUUUCUAUCACAGCACUUGGGAAAGUCACCAGAGGUCAGCAACCGAUACAUUUCACAAUUGAAAAGUUCACACCCAGAUCACCUAUUCACGAAGCAGUAUAAUAAUAAGGAAAAGGAGUUUGACAGAUUGGCUGGCCAAUAUGAGGCUUCAGUCCAGGCAUAAAGAUAACAAAUUUCCGUAUUAUGCUAAGUUAAAUUUAAUAGAAUUUUUAUUUGAUUUCCAAUUGGUGUAUUUCAAAGGACAUCUCUUAGGUAGCGAUCAACGUAAAUUAACUCUCGUAACUUUAUUCUUGAGUUAAUUUCACGCCACUCCUCCCAGUUAGGUGAGCACCAGGUUCCUAGCGUAAGGAAUACUACAGUUGUUAUUGACCACAAUGAGCUUAUAAGAAGGGCAGAAAGAUUGAAGAUUCCCAACUUGUCUGCUUUAGUUGAAACUGCAAUGCUUUGGAACACCACUGCUACAAUAUUGAUGAUAAAGGAUACAUAAGCUAGGACUGCUAUAACAACCACCAGGCCAUCCUCAAUCUCCAAGGAUGCAGAAACCCACUAGAAAGAAAUAAUUUACUAUUAAAUCAUAGGUGUUUUGUGGUAAGAUAAUAUAUGGUUAUCAACAUUAUCAAGAUUCAUACUGUCUGACCUCUCUAAUUGGUUUCAAUGUUCUAUAAACAGGCAAUCUAUAGUUACAAAGAUCACACGACUCUCUACCAGAGAUUGUCAACCAAUUUUCCAUACAUUCUUGAUGCACCAGAGCAGCUGAACCAGUACAUCUGCAUGGUGAUAUCAGUUGUGUAUCAUUCUCACAUUUUGUAUCAUGACAGAUCCUACAGAACAAUUCAACAUCCUCACUUGCUGGAGGUGGGGCAAUGUACACACGACACACGCCAUUGAUUGGUUGCAUGGGAGUUACUGGAUUUUGUCGUUCAUCAUCGCGCGCGUCUCGUGUUUCACCUCCAGUGGACGUUGCAAAACUACAUGCAGACAUCACCUUGAUUUAAUUGUCUGAAAUAGUGAAAACUAGUGAAUUAACCAAUGCUUCGCCAUUAACUGACAAAUCACGUUCAAAAACCCACUAUGAUCUUACCUUGUUUUAUAAAAAAUUGUGGCUAAUUGUCUUUGUUAUAUCACACAUAAUUCAUGACGUACGAUUAGUGACGUAUUAAUUUCGUUACCUUGGUAAUCGUGAUAACAUAACGAUGAUAUGGUUCGUAUUUAAAAUUAUAUCAGGGCGCUGUAAAACACUUGACUUCUUGCUUUUCUUGUUAAACGCGCGCUAGAUCCAGUUUUCGAGUGCAUCACACAUAGAUCAGGUCAUAAUGAGCGCGUUUCCACGCCCGUGUUUUACAGCGCCCUGAUUAUAUUUAUAGUGGGAUAUCAUAUUACAGAUAAAUACCAGUGAUAAAUACAGACCUUUAGUACAUUA